AAAGAGUGUUAGGCAGAUGAAAGCUCAACUUCGUUAACCUGAAACUUGUGAAUACGCUGCUCAGAAUCUAAGUAUCUGUCCUGAAAUCGAUAGUGCAAACAUGGGAAGAAGACGGGAUGCCAGGCAGCUCCUGUUUUUAUUCGCAGUUUUCUGGCUUCAGUGUUUAACAUCUGGGCUUCUGAGAUACUCCGUGCCAGAGGAAACAGAACGUGGAUCCUUUGUUGGUCAUCUUGCAGCAGAUGUGGGCAUCGAUCCCAAAGACGUAGCAGCUCGCCGCCUGCGACUCACCUCAUCGGCCAAAAGCCAUUUCUUUAAAUUUAAUUCGGAGACUGGGGAUCUAUACAUAAAGGAGCGAAUAGACAGGGAACAGAUAUGUGGUAAAUUACCUUUGUGUUUCCUCCUGUUUGAGGUUGUUGUGGAAAAUCCUUUGAAUGUAUUUACCGGAGAAGUUGAAAUUCUGGACAUCAACGAUAAUCCCCCUGCUUUCCCAAACGAGGUGAUUAAACUGAGUAUCGGUGAAUUCACAUUUCCUGGUGCCCGUUUUCCUCUAAGUCAAGCGGAAGAUCCUGACAUUGGCAACAACUCGGUUAUUGAUUAUGAGCUUAACCCUAACGAAUAUUUCAGCUUGAUUGUAACAGACAGAGAAGGCAGCCAGUACACAGAGCUUGUUUUAAAUAAUACACUGGAUCACGAAAAGGACAGCGAACAUUUUCUCAUACUCAUGGCUAAAGACAAUGGGAUCCCUAAGAAAUCUGGUUCUGCUCAAAUACAGGUCAACGUUCUGGACGUUAAUGAUAAUGCACCUGUGUUCGUUGAAUCCAUUUAUAGGGCAAGUCUAAAAGAAGGUAUACCCGAAGGUACAAUAGUAGUUAAAGUAACUGCCUUAGAUGGCGAUGGAGGUUCAAAUGGAGAGGUAAGGUACAGUUUCAGUAAAAUAACAGACACAGCACGUACUCUGUUUAAACUGGAUCCCAUCACAGGUGAAAUAGUCACAGUGGGGAGUCUAGACUUUGAAGAAGAUGAAAGGUUUGAGAUUACUGUGGAGGCCAAAGAUGGGGGAGGACUGACUGACCAGUGUAAGGUUCUUAUUGACAUUAUUGAUGAGAACGAUAACGCCCCUCAGAUAACAAUUUCUUCGGUUUCUGAUGUUAUUUCAGAAGAUGCAAAACCCGGUGCUGUCAUUGCCUUUAUAAAUAUUGUUGACAGGGAUUCCGGUGACAAUGGUGAAACUGUUUGCCAGGUACAGGAACGUAUUCCCUUUAGGCUAAUAUCGUCCUUCACGAAUUACUACACAUUGGAGUUAAAUAGAUCUCUUGACAGAGAGGAGACUCCUAAGUACAAUAUAACAAUCAUUGCUGCCGACAAAGGCUCUCCAUCUCUUUCAACCAUGAAGACCAUCUGUGUCGAGAUUUCUGAUAUAAACGACAAUUCUCCUCAGUUUUCUAAAACGUCGUAUUUUUCGUAUGUACCCGAAAAUAACCCACUUGGGCAUGUAAUCCUUACAGUGGAAGCAAAAGAUGCUGACUGGAACCAGAACGCUCACGUUACUUAUUCUAUUGCCCCUAGUUAUAUUGGUAACAGUAACACUUUAGUCUCUGCAUAUGUAUCAAUUAACCCAGAUAAUGGUAACAUUUAUGCUCUGCGUUCUUUUGAUUAUGAAGACUGUAGAGGCUUUCAGUUCCUAGUUCAGGCCACAGACGGUGGUUCACCACCCCUCAAUACCAACGUUACAGUGAAUGUCUUCAUUCAGGAUGAGAAUGACAAUAUCCCUAAAAUUCUGUACCCACUGCCAAGUGAUGAAGCUUCUGCGGGCAUUGAGAUAGUACCCCUUUUGGCAGAAGCAAAUUAUCUUGUGACUAAGGUGGUAGCAGUUGAUGCUGACUCUGGACAGAAUGCUUGGCUUUCCUAUCAAAUGUUAAAAGCUACGGAUCCUAGCCUUUUUCACGUAGGUUAUCACACUGGCGAAAUUAGAAUUUCUCGUCCAGUUUUAGUGAAGGAACCAAUGAAACAAACUGUUUCCAUCUUAGUGAAAGAUAAUGGACAGCCUACACAUUGCUCCACAGCUACUGUUACUGUAUUUAUAGCAGACAGUUUCCCUCAGACUCUUGUAGAUGCACUCAGCCCACCAGAAGACAGAGACACUGAUUCUAAUCUCACCUUCUAUUUGCUGAUCUCUGUAAUCUCUGUGUCUGCAUUGUUUCUUUUUUCCAUUAUAAUUAUACUUAUUAUCAAGUUUCAGAAAUGGAGGCAAUCAUCAUUGCUCCAGUCAUCAGUUGUGAAUUACAAACUUGGGUACCCUUCAAACUGUGGAGAAAUAGAGGCCAUGGGACUUGGGCAACCACCGUACAUACAGGAAGUUUGUUUAACCUCUGGUUCUGGUAGAAAUGACUUUCGGUUUAUAAAGCCUAAUCUGGCUGACACAGUGGGAAGUACAAAUACUGACACAUACAGGUCACAACUGUAUCAUGAAGAUAUUUUUAGUGCAGGAAGUAAUACUGCACAAGUGAGAGCCUUUAUCAAAUGAUUAUUCAUUCAGGAAGCUACCAUCUUUAACUUGGUACCUAGUAAAAUGAUAUCCUUCAAUUGGUUGUACUAAAACAAAUCCAACAUAAAGGUGCUGAAUAAAUUAUCCAAUAAUUGCUGAUAAAAUAAACUAUCCAAAUACAGUGUAAGAUACAAAUACAAUCUCGGCAACUACAAAUAAAGGCAAGUUAUAUCUUAAUCAUUAAUCUUUAGUGAAUAUAAGACAAUGCAAGUGAUUCAGCUCCUGUACAGCUUAUGUUUUACUUGUUCUCUGAUUGGUAAACAAAAUGUACUCUGGAGCAAAGUAAAGGGAUGAUAUAACACCAGUUUGUUUGUAUUCCAUUAUGUAGAUUUGUAUUUAUGGUAAUACUGAAAGAUUCUUCAGAAACUGCACUUGUAAUUUGCUUAUUCGUGCACUGCGCAGAUCGAGUUGGGAAGUUUUUAGCUACAGCAUGAGAAGUAAUGAUAACUUACCUGCAAAGAUAUACAAAAUACCUACAAUAAUUUAAUUACUGAAUAAAAUAAUACUUAACUCAGUACAGACAAAAUUUAUGUAGUUAUUCGUUUGAUGGCAGCAGGACAGUAAAACAAGAAGAAAAAUGAUUCUGUUACUGUAGUUAACCCCAUUCAAGGUAAUGAAACUGGGGAAGAACACAGCUAGCUAUGUACUUUUUACUUGCAUGAACACAAUUUUUCCUCAAAUCAUCAAUCAGGAAAAUUACAACUUGCAACAACAAUUAUAAGAAGCUGUCUGUAAAUUAUUGAAAUUCUGCUUUUAACAUAAUUCAAGACUUUGUUAGUUAUUUUAAAAUAGCACAUUGUAGUGUCUGUGGUGCUACUGAAUAAACAAAAUGACAUGCACAUUUCUCAAGAAUGAGGUUAGCAUUUGAAAAGCUGCAUACUUGUAUGCAAUACACACACAUCUCUCCC